CUCACCGACCUAGAGGUCACGACCCAUGCACCCGGUCCAGAUAAAGAAAAGCAAAAACGAGGCCCGAAAAAGAUUUUCGUUUCAGUUCCCUCCCAAACCGAAAUCCCCAUUUGGAUCCCCCCCCCCCUCUCCCUCGACUCUCCCUCGACUCGAGUCUUCCGCAGGCAAGCCACGAACAAUCCCCAAACCCAAGAGCAAACCCUAGCCCCUCCGAUUCCACGCACACACCUCGGGAUUUCGCCGUCCACCCGCCCCCAUGGCCUCUCCCAGCGGCGACGACGACUUUGACGACGAGCGCCUCUUCGACGGCGUCCGCUUCGUCCUCGCCGGCUUCGACCAUGCCGCCGAGUCCCAGUACCGGUCGGAGAUGGUGCAGCGCGGUGGCGUUGACGCCGGGCGGUUCGGCAACGACUGCACCCACGUUGUCGUGUGGGGCCGCGUCUACGAUGACCCAGCGUGCGAGGCGGCGCGGGCUGAAGGGAAGAAGGUCGUCAGCGAGCUGUGGGUGGACGACAGUUUGGAUCGUGGGGUUCUGGCUGAUGCAGAUAGGGUUAUCUAUUGGCCAGUGAGAGAUUUGAAUGGAAUACCGGGUGGUCAGUCACUGCACAUUUGCUUGACGGGUUACCAAAGAAACUAUCGUGAAGACAUAAUGAAAAUGGUUUCUUUGAUGGGAGCGCAAUUUUCCAAACCUUUGACUGCAAAUGCAGCCACUCACCUUAUUUGCUACAAAUUCGAAGGUGAGAAGUAUGAGCUUGCUAAAAAGGUGAACAUCAAACUUGUUAAUCACCGGUGGUUGGAAGACUGCUUAAAGGCGUGGGAAGUUCUUCCAGUCGAUGAUUAUAGCAAAAGUAGUUGGGAACUAGAAUUAAUGGAAGCGCAAGGUAAUGACUCUGAAGAUGAAGCAAAAGAUGCAGGUCAAAGGCCAUUGAACAGUAGGUCCAGUGUCAGGUGCAUGCACAACUCAAACAAAUGUGCAGAAACUUCUGUCAACCCUGACGUCAAUGCACCAAUGCGAUCACCUAUUAUUCUCAGUGGUAAUAGAGAGGUACCUGUGGAAAGGCAUUUGAACACCCCUGGUCAUAUCAGGGGGACAGAAGAUGCAGGCAGCAAGACACAUGAUAUCACAGCCCAAAGCAGUCCUAACUCUAGUAUGUUGCCAGUUUCUGCUAAGGCCGAUGUCUUUGCACCCAUUCAAGCUCCAUUUGUCCUGAGUGAAAAGAGAGAGAAUGUUGCAGUAAGAGACAUAAAUAGCCCGAGCCCGAUUCAGGAAGCUGAAGAAAAAUAUGUUAGUGCAAGGACACUGGACAUUACAAGUGGCGCUCUAGGCGCUCCAAGCUCAAGCAAGAUGACUAUUUUUGGUAAUCGUCAUUUACAUUCCUUAAAUGGGACCCCGACCAUCCUAAAUGGCAAUAUGGAUCAUGUUUCUGGAAAAUGUUCGGUCAAUCAUGAUCAGAUCAAUGUUACUAAAGCCCAAUUGACUAGUCCUUUGAGAGGAAAUCCAUCUGUGAAUGAGCUUGAUUUAUCAAAAGUCAACGACAUGCAUCGUCAGGAGACAGAUGGUCCCUCAGGUAAUCAUAUCGCAGCAGCUGGUCAGUCAAAUAUUGAUGACAAGCUCACCAAUCAUGAGGUCAAUCCAAAUUCGGGAGGUGAUUUCAUAUCCAACAACAUCAAGAACCCAAGUAACUCUAAAAAGGCUUCUCGGAAAUUAUUGUCACCUGAAGGGCAUUCUGUUCACCAUAUGGCAUCACCUCACAGUGCUGAAGAAAGCACACAGAGAGCUGAUUCCAAUAUUUCUUCGGUAGGGAUGGGACAACAAGUUGUUGAGCAUGCUGACAUUCUGAGUAUGAAAGGUAAUGAGAAUAUUAAGAAUGCGGAUGGACUUGAUGGAGCAUAUGCUCAGAAAAGGAAGAGCUUAAUUUCCCCAGCUAGCUUAAAUUUACAAAAGAGAGAUGUGGUGUCGGAAACUGGUCCUGUAGAUCGUCCAUUUGUGAGUAGGCUGAGUGAUGCAUCUGAACCAGCGAAUGUUUCAUCUGCAGGGACAAAUCCUGCUGAAGCCAAUGCUGUUAAUUUGGGAAAUCAACAAUCUAGCUUAUCUACAAGCAGACAAUCAAGAUUUAGGACAAAUUCUCUCAAGCAUGGUGGUCCUAUUAAUGGAGUCCAUCUUCCUGAAUAUUCUUCAAAUGGUAAGAAUGUAAAAUCUCUACUGAAAGCAAGAACGUCACUAAAGGCAAUGACAGAAAACAGAUGCACCACAAGUCCUUUAGCUACGGUUCAAGAUGGAAAAACAAGUUCAGGCUUCUCCUUUCGAAACAAGGAUGGGGAAGAUGCACAAGCUAGCGGUAAUGCAGUGAAUCAAGAUUCCUUGCAUCUGUUGCAUGAGAUAGGAAAUGCUCGCACAGAGGACCAGUCAUGUGACAUGUCUGUUCACAGUUCAAGGAAUUCACAAGUUGUUUCCUGUUCUGGAAAUGCUGACACCAAGAUAACUGAUGCACCCGAUGUCAACAAUAAAGAAGUAGCAGUGGCUUCAGAUUUUAAACUUGAGAAGGUGUCUGAUACCACCGUGAAAAAAGGCACAAAACGAUUUCAGGACACUUCAAGCCAUUUUCAGGGUGAAACAAGUUAUUCAAAGAAAGUAGCAAUUCCUAUAGAAAGGAAUGCUGGUGCAAAGAGGCCUCGAAAUGCUAGCAUUGAGGCUGAUGGGUCAGUUCCUAACAGUGGUAAUAAAGUAGUUUCUGAGUCACGGCCUGCCAAAGUGAUUCCUCGUGAACAUGCUGAUCCAGCCUCUAAAAACAGCUGCAGUAUUGCAAGUGCAGCAGAACUCAAACCAAUUUCUCCAAAGAAAGUACUGAUUUGUAGAGUGAGGAAUACUGUUGCCAAGAGGGCACAGGAUGCUCACAGCAAGUUUGACGAUGCACAGGUACCUUCCAGUUUGGAGUUUGGUAAGGUGGUUUCUCAAGAAAAUAUUGAGAUAAACCGUAAAAAGUUUUUUGACACUGCAAAUGCUGAUGAACAUCAAAUAAAUUCACCCAAGAAACUACCUAACACCAGAGUGAGGAACACAGCUGCGAAGAGGUCUCGGAAAUCUGACACCAACAUGAGCAAUGAAACAUUAAUUGAUAAAACUGAGACAGUGGCUGCUGGGUCAUUGUUUGAUGACUUGUUUGCCUCAGACAAUGUCGAAGACUGCCCUAAAAAGCUUUCAAGUAGUGCAAGUGCUAGUGACUGUGGUAUACUUUACCCCAAGAACGUACCGAAUACAAGAGUUAGGAAUGCAGUUGCCAAGAGGAAAAUAAAAACUGUAGAAGACAAUUUAGGCAGCAAAUGUGACAAAAUUGGUAGUGCCAUUGCAUCUGUACCUAAAACUGCUUCAUCAAAGAGAAUCGAAGAGAUUUCUUGCAAUGUUAACAAAGUAACUGCUGAUCAAGACUCCGAGAAGGCCAACAAGGAUGGGAUGAGAGAUGUAUCUGGAUUGUCUUGCCAAGAUUCCGACAUGGUAGACAAGCCUGAGGGACCACACAAUUCUAAGUUGAGAAGCGGGAAAAGAAAUAAAGUUCUGACUUCAGAUCAUGAAAGGGAGAACAGACAAGACCAUAGUAAUCUCAACUCUAAAUCAAACGCUAGAACUGGCAGUUUGUGUUCCAAAUUUGAUGCAAGAUCAAUGCAGAAAAGCACAGAUGUGCUCAGUGAGCACAGAAGGAUAAAAGGAGAUAAAUCAGGGAUGCUGAUCACGAGUGAACCUGCUUUGUUUAUUUUAAGUGGAAAUCGCCAGCAAAGAAGGGAAUAUCGGUCAAUACUUAGACGCCUGAAGGGACGAGUUUGUAGGGAUUCACAUCAUUGGUCAUACCAAGCAACACAUUUCAUCGCCCCAGACCCUCUCAGGAGAACUGAGAAGUUCUUUGCAGCGGCUGCAGCAGGCAGGUGGAUACUCAAGAGAGAUUACUUGACCUCGUGCAUUGAGGCUGGCAAGUUUGUAGAUGAAGAACCAUUUGAAUGGUUUGGUACAGACCUUAGUGAUGGAGAAAAAAUCAGUUUAGAAGCUCCCAAGAAAUGGCGCAUUUUAAGGCAGCAGAUGGGCCAUGGUGCCUUCUAUGGAAUGCAGAUCAUUGUCUAUGGACAGCUCAUAUUACCAACGCUGGACACACUGAAGCGCGCGGUUCGAGCUGGCGAUGGCACCAUUUUAGCAACAUCCCCGCCAUACACUCGAUUCUUAGACUCUGGUGUCGACUUUGCUGUGGUAUCAGCUAGCAUUCCAAGUGCAGACGCAUGGGUUCAAGAAUUCAUCAGGCAUGGUAUUCCCUGCGUCAGUACCGAUUAUCUGGUUGAGUACGUCUGCAAGCCUGGCCACCCACUUGACAGACAUGUUCUCUUCAAAACGAACGGUCUGGCCAACAAGUUCCUUAAGAAGCUAAUGAAGAACCAACAAGAAGUGGCCACAGAUAAGCCGGAGCCGACGAAAGACGACGAAGAUCCCGAGGACCUAAGUUGCUCGGUGUGCGGGCGCAAGGACCGGGGUGAAGUGAUGCUGAUCUGCGGCGACGAGGACGGUGCAGCCGGUUGUGGGAUCGGCAUGCACAUCGACUGUUGCAACCCUCCCCUAGAGGCUGUCCCCGAAGACGAUUGGCUGUGCCCCAAGUGCGACGUACCAAAAGCCAAGACGAAACCUACGAGAGGCACUGGCCACAAGUUGAGACCAUCCAAGCAAAUGUGAUCUUCUCGUUCCACGCCCCUGUUUUAUUGAACAGAAUAAUGUAAUAAUCGUCUCCAUUGUAAGUUUUUAGAAAUGCCGGCUCAGCAUUUCUUUGAUCAUGUUCCUGUUGGCUGUUCCCGUCAUUGGUUCACCUU